UAAAAAAAACGUACUAAAUAUUGAAUUAAAAAACACAAGAAAAAGGAAGGAGAUUUGAAAAAAAUUAGUUAAGAUAUUUGAGCAUUUUCAAGGAGAAGUGUUAACAAGUGUUACCGAAAUUGUGAUUUUAAUUUUAUUUAACAAUAUUUCGAGAAGAGAAAGCGAAUAUACGAGAACUUACUUUUGCAACAUCAAACUGAUACAAUUCCAUUUUCACUACUUUUGUUUUGUGCAACAAAAUUAGUUGUCAAAAAUGGCAGCCAAAACCGUUUCAAAUUCAAAUUCGCACAUCGCAAUGCCAGCGCAUAUCACUCCAUCGCCAACGCUUUCCAAACGUGGACACAUACGGUCCGCCUCACUCGAAAAUGCCAAUUCUUUUGUUUCGAAAAAUGCAUUGGGCCUGCCAGCGGCACUGCAAGCCGGUCACACAGGCACACUUAAGUCACGCAACGAACAGAAACGCAUGCGCAACAAAUUCGGCAGUCACAGCAACUUGGAGGAUUACGUCCAGCACGGACGCACCAAAUUUCAGAACUUAAGACAAAUGUUCGAAAUAAGCAAAAGUGCUGCUGCCGCUGCCAAAAAUAAUGGAGAACCUGUGAAUACCAAUAGCAGUAGCAGUAACAACGGUAGUACUGACAAGGAGGCAUCAGAAAUGCUACAAUCAUUGCCUGUUACUAUAGCCACAGCCACACAAGCCACAACGGCGAAUGUUGCAACAUAUCAGCAACAGAAUAAACUUGCGAUAACAACCCAAACGCAACAACGCCCUCAGGCGUAUACGCAACAACAAAUUCCGCACCACCCAACACAGCAGCAAAAUCAAAACAACCCACAAAUCCAACAACUACAAAAACAAGCACAACUACAGGCCGCUUAUCAACAACAAUGUGCAGCCAUGCAGCAGCAACAGCAACAGCAACAACAACAACAACAACUGCAACUACAAAACCAGCAACAGCAAACACAAUUAACCCGAAAAGCCACUCCAACUACAGUUGUUAACGGAAACGGAUGCGGAAAUCGGAAUAGCAUUUCCGAAUUGAGUGAACGCCUGAACAUAAUUGAGUGUUUGGAUGUGAACAACAAAAUUCGCCAACAGCAGCAGCAGCAGCAACAAUCACAGCGACAGCAACAUUUACAACAAACGCUGCAACUGGCGCAACAACAGCAACAGCAGCAGCAACGUUGUGCUAGUGACUUAGCCAAUUUGCAACAUGAAGCUGAAAACAAUGAUCAGGCCACAAAUCUGCUACGCCCCAUUGCUUUUAAACCGAUCCCAUUUGAACCCGACUACAGUAUUCCAAAUCGUUAUUGUGAUGUUGUUGGUGAUCGUUAUGGUUCGACGCCUUCUUUAGCACCAGCGCAAGGUUCCAAUCUCCGCUUUGGCAGCACCACUGACCUACGGUAUGGCGGUGGAGGUGGCGGCAGCAGUAGUGCGAGCAUUAUUGGUGGCGGAAUCGGAGCAGGCAGUGUUGGGGGUUUUGUUGGUGGUUAUUCAAGCAGUAAUAAUUAUUGCAACAGCCUUUUGGCACGUCGACGGGGUUCCAGAUCGUUGAAAAUCAACGAUAGCAUGGAAUCGAUUCGACAUACACCGGACUCAGAUGCGAACAGCCAAAGCAGUGCGUUUAAAAUGAGUGGCAGUAUGCAUAAUAGCAACAACACCACGAACAACAACAGCAGCAACAAUAGCAACAAGUACAUAAUAAGUGAGCAAUGCGAUAUGACACCUUCACCCUCUGAUUCCGGCAUAUCUGAACUGGAAGACAAGUUGAAAGAUCGAGACUCGGAGCUGUCAUACCUGCGACAGACCAUGGAACAUAAUGAGAAAGUAAUUUUCAAAGUACAAAAGGACAAGGAGGCAUUUUGGGAGAGUGAAACUAAGCGACUGAAAUCCUUCUAUGAAGGCCAACAGCGUGAGUGUCUACUGAAAAUGAAAAAGAUGGAACAAAUGCUGGCGAUGCAACAAUUUCAGUUCAAGCAACACAAACUGCGUCACACAGAUCAGUCCAAUAAGCUGAGAGAGCAAAUGGCAGAUUUGAAAAAUGAGAAUGAAAUUCUAAGAAGUAAUAAUAUAAGCUUAAAAAAUUCGGAACGUAACUUGAAAGAUCGGGUCGCCUACAUUGAAGAGCAACUGCGAGAGUCACAAAAUAUGCUCAUCGAUAUGCGUGCACAAUUGGAGGAGAGCGAAUGGAAAGUGUGUGAACGUAAUGGCGAAUUAGCUUUACUGAAAUCCCAACUGAAAGAGGCUAAUGUUGAAAUCACAAUGAAAGAACAUGCCAUCGUACAUCUCAAGCAUGAGAACACAAAUGCUGAAACACAAAUCUACCAAAGUCUUCAAGAGAAUCAAAAGAUUACACAACAGCAGAAACAAGUGGAAGAACUGAAAGCACAGUCCGAAAAGGAAACGGAAACUGAGCUAAAGCAACUGAAUAAAAUUAUAAUACUAAAGGAUCAAGUCAUAUUGGCACUUACGAAUGAGUUGGCCAAAUUACGCAAAGAACUGUCGGAUUUAGUUAUAUCUCAUGAAUAUGGUGAGGAACCUUCUGGCAAGUACAUACGGUUGAAGCAGCAAUUGGAUAAUUUAUCAGACAUUUGCAAUAAGACACGUAAACACACGCUCAGAUCAGAGGUCAACAGAGGUUCAAAGGAGAAAGUAAUCGAUGAUACGAACUUAGAGGUGAUAUUGAACUGCUUGAAAAUCGCGCCACCAUUGGAUAUUGAUCAUAGCGAUAAUAGCGAUGAAAAUAACACUGAGAAACGCUUAGCGAAAAUGUCGGCUGACAUACAGAAAUUUGUGUAUGGUUCACAAAACUUACCCGAUGUAGCUGUCAAUGUGCAAACUACAAAAUUCAACACGCAAAAACUAGAAGAGUCCACACUGGAUACUUUAAUUGAAGAGUCUGCCAAUUAUGCUGAAGAAAUUGCGAAACUACGUAAGCAAUUGGAUGAUGUGCGUGAAAAUUUUGAGUUGGAAAAACGCCAAUGGUGUGUAGAACGUGAAAAGGUGCUCAAUUAUCAGAAGCAGUUACAGGUGCAUUAUAUCAAUAUGUACCAGAAGCUACGUAGUUUGGAGAGCUCAAAUGAGUUUUAGAUAGUUUGGCCUUACUAAAUUAGUAAAAAUGUUAAUUUAAAAUGUUAAUUGAGAAGUAAACAUCAUUUAAUUACUUCAUUAUUAUGAUAUAUGUAUUGUUGUUGUAAUUUUAAGCACAUAAUAUUCCUUAACUGCAAACACUUGACUUGGAAAUGUGUUUUAUUUUUUAUAUUUAUUUUCAUUUUAUUAUUUUGUUUAAUUUAUACAAAAAUGCA